UACUCUAGUCGAACGAUACCCAUCUCAAUGAGUUCCGUUUGAAUAAGACACAAUUUAUUAUUGAGAAAUCUUUUGUGAUGGUCGCCAUCUUGGUCACGGUGAAAUGUGUUAUUUUUUGACAUGAUCAAAGACGUCGUUUAAAUUAUACCUUAUAUGGAAAUGUUGCUAUAAAACUGCUGUCUCUUUGGAACACAUUCCAGAGAAAUACAUCAAAUUCACCAUUCAAUGAAGAAAUGGGAAGGCUCACUUGAUAACUGCAUUUACAAGGGAGACAAUUAUAUGAUAGAGCAGUUCAAUUAGAAGUGUAUCCAUAACCAUAAUGUCAGGAGGCGGUCGAGGUGCCAACCCCCACGGGCUAAAACAGAUAGGCCUGGAUCAGAUCUGGGACGAUUUGAAAGAAGGAAUUAAAAAUGUGUACAGCCGACAAAGCAUGCCUAAAGUCAGAUAUAUGGAACUGUAUACCCAUGUGUACAAUUACUGUACAAGCGUUCACCAAUCAAGUCCCAGUGGACAGAGACAGUCCCGCGUGCCGACCAAUCGUCGCGGCCCAAACCAGCCAACAGGUGGCGCUCAGUUUGUCGGGUUAGAGCUCUACAAACGACUGAAAGAGUUCCUCAAGCAAUAUUUAGUCAAUCUCCUCACAGAUGGGCAGGAUCUACUAGAUGAGCAGGUUCUGUCGUUCUACACGAAGCAGUGGGAGGACUACCAGUUCUCUAGUCGCGUGCUGAACGGGGUCUGUGCGUACCUUAAUCGACACUGGGUCAGGCGCGAGUGUGACGAGGGAACAAAGGGCAUCUAUGAAAUUUAUUCAUUGGCAUUGAUUACAUGGCGAGAACAUUUAUUCCGGCCAUUGAACAAGCAAGUGACAAAUGCAGUCCUGAAGCUGAUAGAGAAAGAGAGGAAUGGGGAGACAAUCAACACAAGGCUCGUCAGCGGCGUCAUAAACUGUUAUGGUAAGUUCAACGCUUUGUGGAUUAAUUAUUUGCUAUCAGAGUUCUUGUAAUCUUUUUUUUGCUGU